UACCUCUGUUUGUAGCGGAGGACGGAUCCUGCGUGUGGCGGAGCGUGCGUGGGCGCAUGCGCCCAUGUCUGUGAGCCCUGUUCCGAAUGGUCUGCGGCUGGGGUGUGUCUGUGCGUGCGCGCGAGUAUGUGCGCCUGGGGCCAGAUGGUUCCUGAGCGCCUCAUGCUGGGCACUGGGCACCUCGAGGCGGCCUUCGUCAGCGGUGGGAGCCCAGACUGACCUACCAGGAAGCCAGCAAAUGAAAGGUGUCUGUGGCGGCGAGGGCCUUACGCAGAGACUGAGGGGCCACUAGGAAGAGGAGAAAUUUGAGUGGAGACUUGGAGGUCGGCCUGGCAGAGUGCAAGGAAUAGUUUUCUAAGAAGAGGGAACUGCAUGUGCAAAGGCCCAGAGGUUGAAGGAGGGCCAGAGCUUGGUGUGUCUGAGGAAGUUCCCUACUCCUAAUGAACCGGCUCCAUACCCAGCAACCUUGCCUUUUCUGGAAUCAGACCCUGCUGCUAUUACCAGCCAGUCCACAUAAUGUAUCUUCCAGACCACUCCAGUGAGUCCAAUCAGAGCCUCUCCUAGGACUUUGGGUGGGAAGAUUGGAAAGGAAGCCACCUUUUGGGUUAGGGGUUGUUGAGAGUUGAUGGUGGAGUGUGGGCCUGCCUGGUAACUGGCCUCGGCUCAAGCUCUCUGCUCACUGUCCCACUCCCCUACCCUGAUUAGGCAGCAUUGAGCCCCACUCUGUGGGCCCCAGGCCCUGGGUUUCUCUCCUGAGAGUCCAGCACACACAAAAUGGAAGGAUUUUCUCGUUUAUCUUCCUGUGCGCACCCUGAGUACUGAGCCUGUGCACUGCGCUCACCAUGACCGCCCCAGCCUUCACAAUGGAACAUAAAAACCCUGUGUGGCCCUGCAGCCUGACUUUGGGAGAACAGCUCAUAAGCAAAGCCCCCCCCCACUCAGAACCCUGCCGCAGCCCAGAUGGGGCCAGCAACACAGAGCCAUUGGUUAUAUCCACUCUCACACCCAGCCACCUCCACGGGCAAGUGGCAAUUCCACAGAACCGUGAGGGCCUCAACUUCUUAGAAACAGGAAUUAGCCAAGAAAACAGAUUAAAGAAAAAUAAUAAGGUUAUAGUCCCAUAAAAAUGACCAUCAGUGCAUGAACUGUGACUAGCAUAACUGCAAGGUCUCCCUGCCCCCGGACCCUUCCCUGCCUCAUUCUCCUUGUUUUUAUUGCUCUCUGAUACAUAUAUUUACCUGCGUAUUUGUUUAGUGUCUUCCCUUCCCUCAAGUUUUUGCCCCUGCUGUAUCCCGACACCUAGAGCACUGCCCAGCAUUGGUAGGUGUUCAGUAAUAUAGGCCACAUAAACAAACAUAUGAAUGAACCAUUAGAGUCUUUCUGUUGCGAAGUGUUACUGCAUGCUGGGCACAUUGAUUUAAUCCUCAUGACACCCCUACGAGGUAGGUGUUAUUGUCUCCUUCUUACGGAUGAAGAAUCUGACGUUCAGAGGGGUGAAGUGAUUUGAUCUGGGUCACAUGGUAGUGAGUGUCCCCAAGAACCUUAGUUCCCUUUACUCAAGACCUUGACACAGUCAAAAGAUGAGAAGUCCUAUAGGGCAGUAGCCCUCGUCCCCUCCAGCAGCCUCCCACACCUCAGUGAUGAGGGUUUAACCACGAAAGAGAGCCUCCUGGGUGACGGGGAUCGGAGCCCAGUCCUGCUCAGCUUCAGAGCCUGGGAUGCGGGUGAAGAGCCCAAGGGCCAGCAGAGUACGCAGGCCGACUCAAUCUGCCACUGAGAUCUUUCACCAGAAGGAGGAGAAAGCUGCACGCAGCCCCUCAGACACCAGAGACAGAAGAACCUGGAAGCUUCUGGAGAGAAAAAAGAGGUGAACAAGCCAGUCCAAAGAUCUGGAAUGAGAGGGGCUCUGGAUUGUAGCAGCGGCAACAACCAAAAGACAAUGAACAGAGCAGUCAGGAUUCUGAGGAUCAUCAAUGCAGAGAAAUCUGAGUUCAAUGAGGAUCAGGCCUCCUGUGGGAAGCUGUGCAUCCGGCGAUGUGAGUUUGGGGCUGAAGAGGACCAAGAGUGGCUGACCUUGUGCCCAGAGGAGUUCCUGACGGGUCAUUACUGGGCAUUGUUUGAUGGGCACGGCGGUCCAGCUGCAGCCAUCUUGGCUGCCAACACCCUGCACUCCUGCCUACGCCGGCAGCUGGAGGCCGUGGUAGAGGGAAUGGUGGCUGCUCAGCCCCCCAUGCACCUCAGCGGCCACUGCAUCUGCCCCAGUGACCCCCAGUUUGUGGAGGAAAAAGGCAUUAGGGCAGAAGACUUGGUGAUCGGGGCUCUGGAGAGCGCCUUCCAGGAGUGUGAUGAGGUGAUCGGGCGGGAGCUGGAGGCCUCAGGCCAGGUGGGCGGCUGCACAGCCCUGGUGGCUGUGUCCCUGCAGGGAAAGCUGUACGUGGCCAAUGCCGGGGAUAGCAGGGCCAUCUUGGUGCGAAGAGAUGAGGUACGACCCCUGAGCUCUGAGUUCACCCCGGAGACAGAGCGGCAGCGGAUCCAGCAGCUGGCCUUUGUCUACCCUGAGCUUCUGGCUGGUGAGUUUACCCGACUGGAGUUCCCUCGGCGGCUAAAGGGAGAUGACUUGGGACAGAAGGUUUUGUUCAGGGAUCACCACAUGAGCGGCUGGGGCUACAAGUGCGUGGAGAAGUCGGAUCUCAAGUACCCGCUGAUCCACGGACAGGGUAGGCAGGUCAGUGAAUGGCCCCUACCAAGAAUCCCUCUUAAAUUGCCUCCUACAGAGGCUCGGUUACUGGGAACACUGGCCGUCUCCCGGGGCCUGGGAGACCAUCAACUCAGAGUCCUGGACACAGACAUUCAGCUCAAGCCCUUCUUGCUCUCUGUCCCACAGGUGACUGUACUGGAUGUGGACCAGCUGGAGCUGCAGGAGGAGGAUGUGGUUGUUAUGGCAACUGAUGGGCUCUGGGAUGUCCUGUCCAAUGAGCAGGUGGCACGGCUGGUGCGGAGCUUCCUCCCUGGCAACCGAGAGGACCCACACAGGCUUCUGGCUUGCCUGGCCUCACAGUUGGACUGCAUUGCUUGGGUCCCCAAGUGUCCAACCCUGUGCAGUGAGUUCUCCCUGAGGGCUGGCCUUGCUUCUGUGUUCGGCCACCGAAGUGCAUCUGCAGGAUGGUCCCCACAGGUUCUCGGAGCUGGCCAAAAUGUUGAUACACAGCACACAGGGGAAGGACGGCAGUCCCACAGGGGAAGGGCAGGUGUCCUACGACGACGUCUCUGUGUUCGUGAUUCCCUUGCACAGCCACGGCCAAGGGAGCAGUGGCCACUGAGGAUUCAGACACCACAUCCUAGAACCACUCCGGGGCAGUCUGGGCAUCCUUCCACCAUGAUCAACAGCAGGCUUGCCUGCCCUGUCCCCGGACACAGCCCCGGGCUCUCACUCCCCCAUCCAACCCAUUUCAAGGGGAGCAUUUAUACCAGCCAGAGAGCCCAACUCUCCAGGUCUCCACAUUGGCAGGCAGGGAAAGAGCGCUGUCAAUGUUAACAUUCCUCCUGGCAGAGGCCCUUUACAACUUAGGAAAUCCACAGGAGGCUCCUCAAACAGGAUCCUUAACAGCCCAAUAUAGUAUUCCCAGAUGGGGACAGCUGGACCAAGGGCAUUGGCCAAGGAUGCCAGGAAGGGUAGACAGCCUGUGUUUGGGUCCAGGUCUCCAAUCCAUGAAUGUCAGGUAUCACUCAACAACCCCCAAAGUACGUGCAGGGUGCCUUAUGAGAAGCUGCGGGCAGCCUCCUAUCUGCUGAACAGCCAUCUUGAAGCAGCGCCUGGGGAGACCAGCUCCAGUCCUGCCCUGCUCUCCUCUGCCAAUGGAGGCGAGGCACAGGCCCUAGGGCUAAAGUUGGGGGGAGAACAGAAAGGGACAAGAGGAGCCCCAGAGUUGGCUGAGUGGGGAAUGCCUUCCAAUUGCUGCUCCUGCCUGUAGCCUGGCCUCCUGAUCGCUCCUCCCUGGCCCCAGCCCCACCCUGGGUUGAUGCCCAACAAUGCCUUUGUUUUGUUGCUCCCCAUCACCUCCCUAUUAUUAAAUGUUUUUGUGCACAAGA